AUGAUAGCAUUAGAGAAUGAGAUUGAGAAUUUGGCAGAUUCAUUAUUAUACACUUAUCUUUACCAAGAUUACAAAGCCGCUUAUUGUCGAAUAGCAUCUCUUUAUGCUAUUGACACAAUUAGCAAUAGAACGAAUUUGUUUAUUUAUGACACUGAACAUGAAAAUAGAGAAGAGAAACUCUUGGAGACUCCGGAACCAUUAAACUCUGGUACUUGCAUAGCUCAGCUUCCAGAUGGCGAGCUAUUUUGCUUUGGUAGAUCUCCUGCUUCUGGCAUUUCAUUGAAAAUCUGUAAAAAUUAUAGAGUCCAACAGCUGCCAUCUGGAACCCCUUGCUUCCAUUCCUCAGCGAUUUAUUUUAAUAGAAAAGUAUAUUGCUUUGGUGGUGAAAAUAAUGGCUCUUUAGCUUUAUCUUUAUCUUUGAAAUUCGACUUGGGUGUUAAUAUAUGCUAUCUAUUAACUCCCAUGCCUAGAAAUGACUGUAAGUGCCACUGUAUAUUAUGAAACGAUGAUAUAUUGAUAGCGGGGUUUUAUAGUGCAAAUCUUUUAAGAUAUUCAACCAGCAGCGACUCUUUUUCAAGCGUUUCUUAUAGCUUUGCAGAGAAAAAAGAAAAAUUUUAA